CUGAAUUCUAAACAGAAACACAGUGUUACUGGUAUCUUCAUGUUUUGUUUAAGUCUCUUAUUUUUUUUGUUUUGUAGAAAUAAUUUAUUAAGAUUUUAUCGAUAUUAUUUAUCUUGUUGAAAUGUGUGUUAGGUUUUAAAUAACAAAAAGUCAAAAAGAGGCUGAGCCAUGCUCGAAAUAUGCGGUGAGAAGUUGUUUCUCCGCUCGUGUGAUUUUGCAGGGCUUUCCUGAAAUAUUUUACAACCUUUUAAUAAUUUACACGUCCUUUUUUCCGGUCGACCCUCUCCCUAUCGAGAGCCAAACAGCAGCGUCAGCGGUUCUCGUGGUGCUGGCAAAAGCUCGUGAGGCCAUGCACACAUUCGCAGAAAAAGGUAACAGUGUCAUUUAGUUUUACAGUCUAGGUCACUGAGAGAAGCGAUGAGAAUAAGACUUCUUUGAUGUGCUUGGGAGCGAUUGAACCUCUUUAUCGUCUCAUAUCUCACGAGGACAAGACUGCUGUCGUGUCUCUGGGCGUCAUGGCUUCUAACAACUCAGGAUUUUCAGAAUCGAGCGGCCGUGCAGCGACUAAAUGCCCCCCACCCCUGCUUCUGGAACUGCUACGCUCAGACUUCCCAGUUAUUCAGCAACUUGCACUGCGCACCAUAGAGAACAUCACCACUGACAGUGAAUCCCAUGUGGGCUUUAGGAAUGUACAGGGCUUUGACAGAAUCCUGGAGAUCCUUCGGCCCAAAGAGUUUAGUGACCUGCACGAGGGGGCUCUCAGGGUUAUCUUGAACUGUCUUCAGAUGAUGGGUGGCCUGGAACAGCUACUGCAGUUUGUUGGCACAUCCACGCUGCCUGAAGCAUCGCUCUGGAGAUACUCCAGGAAAUCAACCUGUCACCAAACCGUAACAACAAAUUUAGUGAGCUGGCACUACAGAAGCUUCUGGACAGUAAUCUAUCGUUGAAGUAUAGUUUGACACCUGUCAGCUGGUGAUAUGGCUUCUACAAACAUGGACAGGUCCAAAUAAAAGACUGGGUCAUCAGGUUCCUACCUUGGAGGAAAUAUCCAAACAAGUUGU